AUGUUCAUUUUCCUCGUCUGUUCACUAGCGGGCGGGGCUUUGGCGGUAUCUGUCGCGAUUGACGGAUGCGACGUGUCGGUGACUAGCAUGGGAGCAGAGUACUGCAUACAUUGUAGCGACUCUAACAUGCUCCCCACUCCCGACGGAACUGCCUGUGCUCUUAGCUGCGGAACCAAUGAGGGUAUUAAGGACUGCGUAGCCUGCGGAACGGGUAAGUGCUCGAAGUGCGCUACCUCGGGUAGUUCUACUCUAGUGCCUACAUCCGAUGGGCUGAAGUGCGUUUCCAAGUGCAAUACUAGCCGUUCAACUGGGAUAGAACACUGUCAGACUUGUACCGGGAUUCUUCAGCAACUUCAGUGCACCACGUGUAACAGUCCUUAUACUCCGUCGUCAGACAAGAAGUCCUGCGUGCUCCUUUGUAGUGGUGUCACGGUAGACAAUUGUCAGGAGUGUGACAGCGGUGCUACCACAUGCAAGACAUGCCAGCCCGGCUAUGCCCUCUCUGCCGAUAGAAAGUUCUGUUAUCGGACCUGUGGCACAAGUGGACCCAUUCAGUAUUGCACAGGGUGCAGAGAGCAGGUGUGUACAGCGUGCAAUAGUCUCACAUAUCUUAAGAAUAACCACUGCGUCUUGCGAAGAGGUUUGGAAGAACCCUGCUCUGCCGACGACCCCUGUCACGUUUCCCUAAGGUGUCUCUUUUCGGGGCUGGGGCUAGAGAAUGGGACAAAAAAGUGCUUUCCAGCCUCCUGUGCUCCCGCGUCAUCUGAUCCUGGAGUGCACUCUGUCUGUCACGGUCAAGGGACGUGCAGGGACACAAGUUUCAAUCUGGAAAGCCAGUCCUCUGCAGGCACGUGUGCUUGCCUAUCAGCAGACUUGUCUUCUGGCGAUAACUGCGGAGUCUGUAUCAAUUCCACUCUUACACCGAGCUAUAUCGCAGUUGGGACUUGUGUGGCAAAGCAGGGCCCGUACGAAAGCUGCUCUUCGUCACUUACCUGCCAGCCCGGUCUUUCAUGUUACAUGAACUAUCAGUGUGUCCCAGACGACUGUAUUUCUGGUAAUAUUCUCAAUAAACUUGUAUGCGGUAAGGCUGGAAGUUGCGGAGAGGCAAGCUUUGAUUUUAGCUCAAAUAAGUGGACUGCAACCUGUGUAUGCUUUGACCCUAGACGGAAACCGAGUGAAAAGUGUACUAAAUGUACAACUGGAGACCCUGUUGGGAUAACCUGUGCCAAUACAAAUUGCGUCGAAAACAAGAUUGUCUGUAGUGGCCACGGUUCCUGUAAGGAAGAUGGAUCAGGAUGCGACUGCGACGAAGGAUUUGCGCCUGUCACUGUCACUGCCAAGCAUCGCUGCUAUCCUUCCACUUGUGGCGGAACCCCGUCUGACUCCGGUACCUACUGCAACAAUGGACUGGGAACCUGCUUGCAGCAGUUAGAUAACAGUUAUCUCUGCGCGUGCCCUGCCGGCUAUAGAGGCGUGGAGACCCACGGGAACACAAGAGCCGCCGCUGGCUUGGACGGGUGCGUACCGUGGUCAUGUUACCCGAUGCUUAACGGGAGUAUUUGUGGUCCAUUCGAUGGAGGAACAUGUGGGACCACUGCAGCUAGAAGUCACGCAUGCACCUGUCACUCAGGCUUUAAGCUGACAGACAAGGGCUGCCUUCCGGAGAAGUGUGGUCCAAAACAGGACGGUAGUGUCUGCCUAUCCAAGGGGAUAUGCAAGAGCAACGGCGGCAUUUGGACCUGCGAAUGCCUCGACGGCUAUCGCGUGACAGACGCUGGCUGCCUUAAUCACCGCUGCAAGGCCACAAGCGCUGGAAUCCCUUGCAAUGGCCACGGUGUCUGCCAGGAUAAUGUCAGAUGCAAGUGCUCGUCAGGCUACGCAGGCCCCACCUGUUCCAUCACAACAGUCGCACUCGCCGCGGCAAUAACGGUUCCGAUUCUGGUCCUGUUUGUGGUCGGGUUUCUGACAUACAUCCUUGUGAAGCGAGCGAUUGCAAAGCGCGAACAAGCCAAAGUCAUGAACCGAAUGUUCCCUGUUAUCCCCAGCAGGAAGAAAUGA